UUAAUAGCAGCAUAUAACUUUGUUUGCAAAACCUGUGCAUAAUUUAAAAAAACAAAAAACAGUUUAAAUUACAAUUACAAUUCAGACAUGUGAGAUUGUACUGAAAAGAAUGAUACCAAACAAGACAAGGUAAACAGUUUUUAAAGGUGAAAUAUAGAAGUAAAAUCAAAAAUAGUCAAAAACAGCCAAUUAUACCCUGGACCCCAGAGGGGUAAUACAAUCCAAAUUAUCUUAUUUCUGGCAUAAAAGUAAUUUCAAGAAGCUAAAAUGCAAAGUAAAGUUGCCUGCACAACCAGGCCAGAUAUCAAAACUUCUAAAUGGAAGAAACUACUGGGUACUCACAACCACAAACAUUCCAGAGAUAUUUUUUUUUCUGUUAUCCAGGGUUGGCAUUCAGCUUUUGUAUUUCUGAUUUUACUGUGUUUUGCACUGUAAGAUUACUUUUGCUUCAUGUUUACAGUCAAAAGAGGAGACACACUGAUAUGGAGAAGCAAGUGUCCUGCUGUGCUUUGUGUCACGAUGUCCCAAAGGAUCCAGUCACCACCAACUGUGGACAUUGGUUCUGCAGACAGUGCAUCUACCCAUACUGGGGGAAGGCUUCCUCACCAAGAGACUCCUGUCCCAAGUGUGGGAAAUAUUCCAGAACCAAAACUGGACUACAGUCAGUCAAUCAGAAUACCUCUGUACAAAAUGCCAGUCUUCACGAGGUUUUAGAUGAACAUAGGAUAAUUAUGAAAAACACAUGUGAACAUGUGACUGAAAAUAAUGAUGAAACAGGAAGUGGAACCCUCUGUAAGGGGAUCUAUGCAAACUUCUAUAUCACAGAGGAACAGAGUGAAGAGGUUCAUACCCAGCAUGAGGUGAGGCAGCUGGAAAUAGCUGGAAAGAAAGCCAUGCAUGGCACUUCAAUCAGGUGCCAUGACAUCUUUGAACCCUUACCUGAACAACAGAAACCCAUCAGAGUCGUUCUGACAAAUGGCAUGAGUGGUGCUGGAAAAACCUUCUCAGUACAGAAGUUCACUCUGGACUGGGCAGAAGGUUUGGAAAACCAAGACAUCGAUGUGGUGGUCUUGCUUUCAUUCGGGGAGCUGAAUCUGGCCAGACAUAAGCCAUACAGUCUUCUAGAACUGCUCCAUCUUUUCCAUCCAACAUUACAGAAGGUCACAGCAGAGAAGCUCGCUGCCUGUAAACUUUUGUUCAUCUUUGAUGGCCUGGAUGAAAGCAGAUUUUCUUUGGAUUUCACCAACAGGAAGCUCGUGUCUGAUAUCACACAGAAGUCAUCAGUCAGUUUCCUGCUGACAAACCUCAUCGAGGGGAAUCUGCUUCCCUCUGCUCUCAUCUGGAUAACUUCCCGACCUGCAGCAGCCAAUCAGAUCCCUCCUACAUAUAUUGACAGGGUUACAGAAAUACAAGGUUUCACUGAUGCUCAGAAGGAGGAGUACUUCAUGAGGAGAUUCAGUGAUGAAGAUCUGUCCAGCAGAAUCAUCUCACACAUGAAGACAUCCAGGAGCCUCCACAUUAUGUGUACAAUCCCAGUCUUCUGCUGGAUCACUGCUACAAUUCUGGAACACAUGUUGACUACAGAGCAGAGAGGAGAGCUGCCCAAGACCCUGACUGACAUGUACUCACAUUUCCUGCUCAUUCAGACAAAGAAACACAAAUACCACGAGGGACAUGAGACAAGCCAACUGAUGGAGGCUGACAGGGAAGUUCUUCUGAAGCUAGGGAGAUUGGCAUUUGACAAUCUGGAGAAAGAAAACACUGUGUUUUACCAGGAAGACCUGGAGCAGUGUGGUCUGGAUGGCACAGAGGUCAAAUUGUACUCAGGAGUUUGGGCAGAGAUCUUCAAAAGAGAGUGUGUAAUCUUCCAGAUACCAGUCUACUACUUUGUUCAUUUGAGUAUUUGUGAUUUUCUGGCGGCGGUUUAUAUAAUCCACUGCUACACUAACACAAAAACAGAGGUGCUGCAAGGCUUCCUGAGAAAUGGUCAUCAUUAUUAUUAUCACACAGAUUAUUCCACAGAUAUCCCAUCUCUGGAUGUCCUUCUGCAGGUAGCCAUGCAAAAGUCCCUCCAAAGUGAAAAUGGCCACCUAGAUUUGUUUGUUCGCAUCCUUCAUGGCCUUUCUCUAGAGUCUAACCAGAGACUCUUAGGAGAUCUGAUAGGACAAACAGAAAUGAUUCUAGCAACGAAUGAGAGACUCAUAGACCUCGUGGAAGUGAGAAAUAUUAGACAGAUAAACAACCUGAGAAACUUUAGAGGUCCACAAGUUCAAAUAGAGAACAGACCCGGAGAGUCAUCAAUCACCCAGAGAGUCAUCAACAAUCUGCAGACAAUAGACAUUUAUGACAUUUCUUCUGACAGAAUGAUCAACAUCUUCCAUUGUCUGAUAGAGAUGAAUGACUUCUCAGUACAUCAGGAGAUACAGGCGUUCUUGAAGUCAGAGAACAGAUUAGAGACAGAGCUCUCUGAGUUCCAAUGCACAGCUCUGGCUUGCAUACUGCAGAUGUCAGAAGAGGUUCUAGAUGAGUUGGAUCCUUGGAAGUACAACACAUCAUGGGGAGGACAAUGGAGCCUGAUUCCAGCUGUGAGGAACUGCAGAAAGGCUCAAUUUUCUGGAUGUCGGCUGUCCGGGACUCACUAUAAAACCUUGGCGGCAGCUCUGAAGUCCUAUCCCUCCCAUCUGACAGAGCUGGACCUGAGCCUGAAUGAGAUGCAGGAUUUACAAGUGGAUCUGCUGUUCGCAGCACUCAAGAGUCCAAAUUGUAGACUGGAGACUCUGAGAUUGUAUGGCUGCAAACUGUCAGAGACCAGGUGUGCUACACUUGUCUCAGCUCUGAAGUCUAACUGCACCCAUGUGAAAAACCUCGACCUGAGUUUCAACAGCUUGAUGGAUUCAGGAGCAGAACAACUGUCUGACCUUGUGAGGAGCCCACACUGUAGACUCGACACUCUGAGGUUGGAGGAAUGCCGUUUAUCAGAGAUCAGCUGUGCUUCUCUGGGCUCAGCGCUGACGUCCAACCCGUCCUAUCUGAAACAUUUGACCCUGAAUAACAAUAAUCUGCAGGACUCAGGAGUGAAGCAGCUCUGUGGUUUUUUGGAGAAUCCACUUUGUAGACUGGAAACUCUGAGAUUUAGCAGCUGCGGUUUGUCCGAGAUCAGCUGUUCUUCACUGGUCUCUGUUUUGAAGUCUAAUCCCGCUCAUCUUAAAUAUCUGGAGCUGAGUGAUAACAACCUGAAGGAUUCUGGAGUGAAGCAACUUUGUGGUUUUCUGGAAAGUCCAGACUGCAGACUGGAACAUCUCAGAUUAAGGUGGUGCAGUUUGUCUGGGAUCAGCUCUGUUCUUCUUGGCUCAGCUCUGAAGUCCAACCCCUCUUAUCUUAAACACCUACACCUGAGUAACAAUAAACUGAAGGAUUCAGAUGUGGAGCUGCUCUCUGAUCUAGCGUCCACACUGCAGACUGGAGUGUAUGAGCUGGAAGUGAAGUUACCAGGGCUAAGAAAGGACAGCAGCAGCUUGUGUUUGGGGAGAUGCUCCAACUGGUCAAUGUUACUGGGAGGUGGAGUGAAAAGCAGAGUCUAAUCGAGCACUGACUGACAGAGGAAUGAGAAGCAGUGCAGAUGACUGUUAGUGCUGCAGAGUGAACUGCUGUGGGAACAGCUCUGCUGUCAGACACAGCAGAGUCCACCAUCAUUCCUAUGUCUCCCUCAACAGUAUGUCUGGACUGCUCUGCUGCUGCUCUGUCCUUCUACACACUCUCUGCAGACACACAGAGACUCCACCCCCUCUGCUCCACAUUCACCUGCAUUUUAUUUCAUCUUUUUUAUUCAUUUACAUAUUCUUUAAAAAAAAGUCUCUGCAGAAUAUUUCUGUUUAUGACACAACACUUAGAAUCAGUGUGCUUUGGACUAGUGUAGGCUGUGGUUAUGGUUGUAGAGUUUUGAGCUGCAGCUUCACCCUGUGGAAUGAUGGGGAACUGCAGUGAAUAUUCAGUUUAUACUUCAGAGCUUGUACAGUGGUGUGUGAAAGUGAUCGCCAUCACUUUUUCACAUGGGGCCAUGUAGGUUUGAAAUUUUUCCCCCUUAAUAGAAUUAGAAUUAGAAUUCAACGUUAUUGUCAUUGCACAUGUCACAAGUACAAAGCAACGAAAUGCAUUUUGCAUCCAUCCAGAAGUGCUUUAGCCAUAAUAUAGAUAUAUUGCAAAAUAUAUAUUAGCAAUAAUAUAGAUAUAUAGAUAUAUUACAGAAAUGGGUCUGUUAUAGGUAUGAGGGUACAAAAUAUAGGUCUAUUAUGAGUAUGUUACAAUGUGCACGGUAUGAAGGUAUGUUAUGAAUAUGAUAUAUCUAUAAGUAUGUAGAGGCUGUAGUGGGUGUACAAGCUAUGUACGGCCUAUGAACAGGAUAUAAAUAUGAAA